AUGCCUUCAUUGCAGCAGUACAAAAUGGCGGCGAAGAUUUUGGCUGCGGUUAUUUCAGCGUCCAUCGCUGUGGUGGUCAGCGCAAAUCAGGCUGCGGGCGUGACGUCCUCCUUCCCUUUCAGCAACUGCUCGUCUGCUGCAUCAGCUUACAGUCUGGCGCCAUCAGCGAAAAUAUAUGGCACCAACAACACAUUCUGCUUCACACUGGCCGCGAAGCAGGGCAGUUCGGGGUAUUGCGAUACCAAGGCGGAUGUCUACAAAAUCGAGAUCAACGUCAAGCCCACUUGCGACUUGGGCUCCGUCACCGUACAGUCAACCCUCAACGGCAAGCCCACUGCUGUCAGCCCCGCGUUCAGCUAUCCCCCGGGCGGCCCAGCAGGCAGUGUCGUCCUGCGCCUCACCCAGCUAGGUCUGGGUCUCAACAGUACGGGCUCCCAGAUUUGCAUAACGCUGUCUGGUGGUCAGGGCUGCACCACCCUGGAGCAGCUGUGCCAGCCGCCUCCGGAGCUCACUGCUGGUGGUGUGUGCUCAGCUGCUCUGUUCGAUUCUACGGGGGCAUGCUGCCCGGUCACUAACUUGCCGAGCAGCGCCAUCGCCCGCCCGCCCAGCCCUUCUCCACUAAGACCGCCACCCUUCAAGUCACCUGCGCCCCCGCCCCGCUCCCCUUCGCCCCGACCUCCUUCUCCCCGACCUCCUGCACCCCGACCUCCUUCUCCCCGACCUCCUGCACCCCGACCUCCUUCUCCCCGACCUCCUUCUCCCCGACCUCCUUCUCCUCGACCUCCUUCUCCCCGACCUCCUGCACCCCGACCUCCUUCUCCCCGACCUCCUGCACCCCGACCUCCUUCUCCCCGACCUCCUGCACCCCGACCUCCUGCACCGAGAGCCCCCUUAACAGGGCCGCCUUCACCGCCUCCUUCCACCAACCCAGUGUCAGGAUGCAAGGUGUGCGCCUUCAUGACAUUAUACCAGGACACAGCUGUGAACCCCAACUUCCGCCCGAUGACGAUGGCGGAGUGCUAUGCUUUCGGCUAUAUGGUCAUCAACGACAUUUCGUCGCAGGCGGAUUACAACAGUGCAAUCUUACUGGAUGGGGGGUCCACAAUCGCAUGUACCGAUACCCAAGCCAAGGCGUGUGUAACCUUCGCAUCUAACAGUGACGGGGAGGCGCUGCGUGAUUUUAUCGAGGCCAUGGCGGAGUAUUGGCUGUCGUACGCUACGUCCAACUACCUGUGUGUGCCCCGGCGGGCUGUGACAGUUGUCGUCGAUGUUGGUGGCGAUAUCGACCCGGUAACUGGAAUGCCGUCUGACAGUUGCCUUGCAGCACACUCUGCCAAUCUAUGUGGCUAG